UGUGCCUCGCGUAGCCAUCGAGGUAGGAUGUGCCUCUCAUAUUUGUUGUUGGCGGUGGUGGUCGUCGCAGCAGGUGCAGACCAUGGACGCAUUUACUUUCCCGGCGACCUUGACCACGCUGAGCACGACUCCUGCAACACCCACGCGGGGACGCCGGGCACCUGUGAGAGCUCCUGCGGGGCCGCGGCCGACCUGGGAAUUCUGAGCAAGUGCGGCAUCAAGGAGUCUGCCUUCCUCUACUGCUGUGAACCAGUCCUGAGUGGCAAAACCUCGGAACGCACCUUGGACACAUCUCCUCCCUCUACCACGUUCCAGUGUGGCAUUAACAUCAAGAACUACUACGCGUUCAGCCAGUUUGACAUCCCAGGACAGAUACUACGCCCGGAGGCAGCGUUACCUCCCCCGGGCGCCAGUGUCACGAAAAAUCCACCUCCCGUCCGGCCUGGCAUUCCUCUCAAGGCGCUUGACGAAUACAAUAUCGAUGACACUACUCUUCCCGAAGGCUACUAUGCAGUGGCCGCGGGUAUUGUGGCACAGAAGAACUCGUGGCCGUGGAUGGCGUUGUUGGGGGAGAGAAAGGAGAAUGUCACCCGGUGGUACUGCGGGGGAGUGCUGAUCAACGAGCAGUGGGUCCUCUCAGCCCUCCACUGCUUCUUCAGACAUGCGGCCAAUGUGGUGCGCCUUAGUGAGCACGACUACGGUGAUGAUAAUGAAGGAGCAUAUGAAAUAGACUUCGACGUAGAGACGAUCGUGUAUUACCCUGACUUUAAGCGUCCAGAGGCCUACCAUGACCUGGCCCUUCUCAAGCUGUCUUCCCCAGUCACCAUUGAGAACACCACCGCCCCCGUGUGCCUGCCCUGGGGGAGGGAGAUGGACAGCGAGAUGUUGAACAAGACUGCCACGAUAUCAGGCUGGGGGGACACGGAGUACGGUGGGUUUCCCAGUACAAUUUUGCAAGAAGCCAACGUGACAGUGUUUGAGUCAGAGCAGUGUGAUCGCAGCUACUCCCACCUGCCCCACUACCCCUCCACCUGGCCCAAGGGAAUCCAGCAUGAGACCUUAUGUGCCGGAGACCCUGAUGGAGGUCGUGAUGCAUGCCAGGGUGACUCCGGCGGACCCCUGGUGACUCAGGACGACAGCGGACGCUUCAUGUUGGCGGGAAUAGUGUCACGAGGCUACGGCUGUGGCCACAAGGACUACCCCGGCCUGUAUGCCAACCUGCGCCACCCGCCCUACCUCGCCUGGAUCAAGAAGGUCGCGUUCGGCACCCAGUGAGCGGUGCCCCGGGGCCUGCUGGGGUGCAUUGCGAGGAAGCAAACACGAUAAUUACAAAUAGUUUAUAAAUGCUGAAAUGUUUGAACUUUAAGAUGUCGUCGGGAUUUGUAUUUUAGACAGUUGUUAUCCCCACUUGUCAAAUAUAAGAUAAUCAGAUACAA